GCAAGGCGACAAGAGUCGUACCAACCCACCCCCGCUGCGUGUUUGAGAAUGAAUCCGCAGGCGUAAAGCAGCCGUUUCUGUUUCUGUCCACCGCCACCGCUGAGCUCAACAGGGAAGGGAACUGCAUUGCACAUUCGACUGGUUUGUCCAAUUGGAGGAGACGGCGAGACGGAAUCAACAAUGGAACCGUUCGAGACGAACCAGACCUGCAAGUCCAGCAUAAACAUGGCUUGGUUCAUGCAUUUCUCCCUCAUCCCUGCGGUCGUCGUCAUCAUCCUGCUGUCGUUCCUGCAGCGCCGCGUCCGCGGACACCAACUGGACGAGCGCUUCCCCCUCAACCGCCGCUUCGGCAUCGUGGUGCCCGUGUACCUGGUGGGCAACCAGAGCAACCGCUGGUCGUACGGCAUCGCGUUCGGAGCGACCACCAGCACGGUGGUGUCGCUCUUCACCAACGAGUUCUCCAACUACUUCGACUUCGUCGCUCCGUCGUGGGCAAAAGCUCUGGUUUAUCUGCUGGCUGCCCUGGAAGUCGGCGUGGAUGUUUACCCGUUCUUCGCCUGCCUUGGGACCGAGUACAAAAUCCUGGGUUCAGUCCUGGGCUUCCUAUACUCGGUGUCAUGGCUAACCGUGAAUUUGAUUGACGUUUGUCAAUGCUCAUUUGAUCCGGACCACGUGUUUGUGGUUCUGACCAAGACGCCGUCGCUCGUGUGCCAGCUCUUCCUCUCGCUCAAGUUCAUCCACAUGUUCUUCCGAGCGCUGAUGAUCGCCCUCGGGCGAUCCAAGCCGGAGGAAACAGAAUUGAUUCUAAAAUCACACCAUGCAGCCUACAUCAAAACCCUCUUAUUGAAACCCGAUCCGGAGGAGGAGGAAGAGGCUGUGAAACGGAAGUCAUGCUUUCGACGCAAGUGCUACGACUGGGACCCCCAUUUUAAGUUUCCAGCCCGAAUGAUCGCGACGGCCGUGUUGGGAGUCAUCUGCCUCUACUCCGUCGUGUUGAUCGACAUCCAGCUGGCGAUACUGGUGUCCCGAGAGGUGGUGGAGUUGGAGGUGUCGCUCGACGAGCUAGUGAAUGUGGACGACCUUCCCUCCGGCACCAACAGCACCAUCAUCCAGUUCGUCGAGUUCAUGGGCGUCGCGCAAAUUGCAUGGAGCAUCUCCACUUACACGGCGGCAGCAACCUCCGUCGUGUACAUUUUCCACAUUCUGGUGUGCUACAGGAAACACAUCAAACGGCUGUGGAGGGGCGACCGAAGUUUCCUUCCACAGAAGCAACCGAAGGCCGGCCCUAUGAUGGCUGCAGGCGUUAGGUAUACAGGCUGGCAGAUUGCAUACCUGCUGUGGGGGUAUCUGGUUCUUCACGCGGUGCAGUUCCUGCUGAUGCUGCUGAUUGCUUACGGCAUCGUGCUGCCCAUAAUGAGCGGCAGAGGCCUGGCGUUGCUGCAGGGAUUAGGGAUAUCCUUCUUGAGCAUUUUCCUCGUCAUCGGAGUCAUCGUGGUUCAAGUGAUCAUCUCGGACAUGUGCUUCCUGCAGCCCAAGAUCAACGCAGAGGACUCCUCUCGCCCCCUGGCCCUCAACAACAUUCGCGCCUUUCUCAACUUCAGCUACUUCUUUUUCUUCUACGACGUCAUGCUGGGCAUGGGCGCCUGCAUCGUGCGCCUGCUCUUCGGCGCCACCAUCGGCGCCUGCCUCGUCGCCCGCAUCGACCGCACGAUCAUGCCGCGCGGCUACGAGGUCGUCGACAUGGGCUACUCCACGUGGAUCGGCAUGCUGCACAUGGACCUUGUACCACUCGCACCCCGUGCCUGCUGGCAUUCUGCACGUUGCUCUUGGACGGCUGCCACUCCUCAACGGGAACGCUGCCCAAAGGAGGCACGUUCGACAGCAGCAGCAGCAGCGGCAGCGUCAGCGGCACCAGCGCCGCAUCCAAGCGGUCCCGCACGUCGCGUGCUCGCAUCCGCUGGCUGCUACUGCGCACGCUGCUCAACAACCCUCACCUCAUCGAGCAACGCAAGCGCCGCUCCGACGACUCGGCUCUCCCUCCUCCUCCUCCUCCUCCGAGCGACGACGCCGCCGUAGCCGACGCGCCGCCGACCCCCGGCAGCCCCCGACGGGAGACGCUGGAGCGGGCGACGGUGGCCAACGUGCGCUCCAAGGAGCUGGCGCGCCGCGCCGAGGAGAGCCGCCGCGAGGAACUGCGGCGCGCCGCCCGCAGACCGA